UAUUUAUGCACAUUCUGUGGUUGGCACUGACUUCGUGAAACGUCAACAGAACAGCUGUUUCGGUUUGGUUUCGGAGCGUGUUCCGUUGUAAACAUUAAAAAUAUCAGUGAUAAUAUUUAAUUCAAAUACACGUUUCCUAUCAAAUUUGAAGAAAUGCAGGAGCAGGAUAUUCCGAUUGACAUUAAUGCAGGAAAGUUAUUGGAAUGGUUAAUAAACAGACGGCAUUGCAGCAGGGACUGGCAGCCGAAUGUUAUAAACAUCAGAGAAAAAAUUAAUAACGCUAUCCAGGAUAUGCCUGUUCACGAAGGGAUUGCUCAGCUGCUAUCUGGCACCUACAUCAAUUACUUUCAUUGUAAAAAAAUAAUCGAGAUUCUAAAAGAAACCGAAGUUGAUUCCAAAAAUUUGUUUGGACGCUAUGGCUCUCAGAGAAUGAAAGACUGGCAGGAAAUUAUCCGGCUUUAUGAAAAGGACAACAUCUAUCUUGCUGAGGCUGCUCAGAUGCUCAUCAGAAAUAUUAACUAUGAAGUACCCAGCUUCAAAAAACAAAUCCAAAAGUUGGAACAGAUGCAAAAUGACUUGGAAAAAAAGGAAGCAGAGUACAAAAAAUCAGAAAAUAUAGCACGUACUGAGUUCAAUACACUCUGUAAGCAGCUUGGAAUUCCUGGGACAAGAAUAAAGAGGGAAUUAAUGGAGAGAGUGAAAGAAUUACCGGAAAUCUAUGAAAGACUGGUCAAGAAAACAAAGGCUAUUGAUAACGUUGUCGAAUUUUAUAGUUUGUUUGUUGAAUUUACGUUGGGAAGGCAACAUGAUGGAGGCUGUGUUCCAAUGAUCAAAUACAUAAUUGAUAAGGGAAACACAACUACUUAUGAAUGGACCUAUGGAGAAGCGCCGUUGUCGAUAGAUGAUACAUCUAUGAAUUUGAAUUUUGACGACGAUGAGGAAGAAACUCAAAAAGAUAACGAGAUUGAUUUUGGAGACGAAUCCAGACAAGAAAUAGAUUUCGGUCAAUUGGAUGAUGAGGCGGGAAUAAAUUUGGGUGCAGAAGGAGAUAUAGAUUGGGGUAACAUAGAAGUUGCUGAUGGGACAGCUGAAGAAAUCGACUUUAAUAUUUCACUCGAAGAAUCUGGAAUUGUUGUCGAAUCUGCCGGUGUGGACGGAGGAGUUGCUAACGGCGCUGAAGCUUUAACAAUCCUUGAUAAUCCUUCAACUAGAAAUGAGUUCAUCGAUCAGCUACUUGAGCUCGAAGCUUUUCUAAAGCUCCGUUUAUACGAAUUUCAAAGUGUCGGUAAAAAUAAUUUGUUGAGCAUGAGUCAAAUGCAACAGGCUCCUCCCGUGCUACAACUAGCUACGGUAGAUAGCACUCGGAGUAUGUUGGACAAUGUGCAGAUUCUUCUUACGGAAAUUUUAGAUAGCAGAGUACAGCAUUUACAUAAUAUGAAGCAUUCGCCAAGGUACGUGGAUCUACUUGCCGCUAAUAUGAAACAAAAAUUAAAAGUCACUGAAAAAAUGGUUGCUAAUCAAAAAUUGGUCAACCAAAGGCGAGAAGAAGCGAGAAAUCAAGCCCUGGCUCUGCAACCAACGUUAAAAGUUAUAAUUCAACGUACCAAGGAACUGCAAGCUGAGAUUGAACGAGAUAUAUCGAAAAAGUAUAAAAAUAGGAUCGUACAUUUGACCGGUGGUGUAAAUGCUCUUUAGUAAGAAGAAGGGAUUGAUACACGGGUGUGAGAGAUAUAUAUAUAUAUAUAUGCUUCUGUAUAUAAGCUACAAUGAUUAAGGAUUCUGUGCUUCGGGUUUGAUAAUUAUUUAUGUACCAAAAUUUGUUUAACGGCAGAUAACAAAUUUUAUAUUUUAUGAAAAAUAUAUAGAAACAUGACACGGAAA